UUCGUGUAGUGUAGAUGUGUUUUGUUGAACGUCUGCGUCGCGUUGCUUUGUUGUUGCUGCUGCUGCUGUUGUGUUCUCGAGCGCGUGUAGUUUCCCAUUCUCUCAUCCCCUCGGUCUCGGUGUUUUCGUUUGUUGUUCUGUUUCGGUCCGUUCUUACUUGCAUCCUCCCGUGGAGUGUUUUCAUUCUGGAUUCGAACAAAAAGCGCGGAUAGAUAAUUACAGCUAAUGAUAAUAAAAAGGGAAGAACAGUGGUGGAAAAAAAGGAAGCAAAACAGUGCACCGCCUUUCGCCAGUUUCCAGAGAUCGGCUGUGCUUUGUGCAGUGUUUUCUCGGUACGGUUUACGCAUAAGUUGCUCAGCGGUGUAAAAGUAAAACAAUCAUUGCUGAUGUUUAUUAAUAAUGGCGUGAAAUGCUUGCGCAUUGUGUGUAUGGCCGCGAGUACACAACGAAAUGUUUGCUUAGGUGUGCGCUCGCUCAGCGUGUGAUCUGUCAGCGCGAGUUCUAGUUAGAACACAACAGUGGGUGUGAAUGAGUGAGCCAGUGAGAGAGUGGGAGGUAAAGUGCUCUUCUCGGUGUGUUCGACGCAUCCAUCGCGAUUGUAGGCGGCUGACAAUGUGAUACCCGCUGUGAACGCGACCGAAACCCGGUAUAAACCCUGUGGAGCGCUUCGGAGCUGUUGUGUCUGCACACGAGGGCGUUUCGCGUGCUAUUGUUCACCGAUGUGUAUCGAUCGUGUAUGGGAUUUAUUGUCGCUUGUGAAUAGUGAAUAGCCGAUUUGAAUAAAAGUGAUUCUCAGAACAUUGACAAGACACAAACAACGGGUAUGUUGUGUUUCCGUUUUCCGAUUCGAUUGAAUGAAUUAAUGAAGAAGCUCAAGCUAGUGUAAUACAGUUUCCAAGAGUACUUAUCAAUGCGCGAGGGCCAUAAAAAAACAGUCAAACUAUUUUUGUGGAAGUCAAACAGUUCGCGAAGAACAUAAAAAUUGUUGUUCACCCAUUUGUGUUGUGAUUAUUGCGUCCACCCGAAUCGGGAAGCGGCGUUCGAAGACAGCUGUUAGAUCAUUCAGCUUCCGAAAAUUGAAAACAGGGAAAAAAACGCUGUGUCCGAAAGAGAUUGACUCGCAGCUGCCAUCCGUCAAUCGUAGCAAUUAUAAUGCUUUGAUGUGCCUUAUUAAAUGUGAUUAAAUGAAAGUGAUUGCGCGCGCUGCGUUACGUGUGUGAGUGAGUAAGCGCGCAUAUUGUGUUGACCGAUUGAUUACUAUCAUUUGAUUUCGGAACGAGGUAAUCCGCAAUCCGCGCGCUUCUAGUGUUGAGCGGGGGACAACAGAGUGUUCAGCGAUUUCAAGCAGACUCCACAUUCGCGGGAUUCGAGAUGGAUAUCGAGUCGGACGGCUCCGAGCGGUGGGAGGAUUUUUUCGGUAGCAGCACCGAUCUCUCGCCAUCGCUGUUGGGCUAUUACGACACUUUGGCGACCAAAGUAGGAGCCGAUCACAUCAAUGGAAACACUUCAGUCCAAUCGCCGGCUUCAAACGAAAACAUCAGCACCCAAAGCAAUCUGAAUGCAACAACAGUGAAAACCACAAACAUCACUGAAGGUAAUGUAACCACUCCAUCACAAUCAAUCAGCGAGCAGGAGGUACUUCAGAUUAGCGAAGUAAUCCAAAGUAACAGCGGGAAAACGUUUCAAUCAAGUCAUUUGCUGAAGCCCAAAGGGAUCCACCAUAGCAGUGAUCAUCCGAGUGUAGAUCAUUCGAGGUUUACAAAGCCAGCCCUUAUCCACCCCAAGUCUGGGGACAAAUUCAGGAACCUGUCUUCGAACGUCCAGAGGAUACUGUCGAACACUGAAGCGGUUGCGAGUGCUGAGUUAGGCGAGACUAACCGAACGAGGUUAGUUCAUACGCAUUUUCACCGAAGUCAGCUUCAGUCCGCUUCCUUCACCACUAGUCGUAUGAUCUCUAGUUCAGCUACAACAACGAGGCACACCUUCAAAAAUCUGCCUCUGUCGAAAAACAUCACUAAAAUCACCACCCAAGCCUCGUCCGAGGAUGAACACUGCGACAAGAAUGGCAACUGUGAUACCUCCCUAGAAGAACCCAUCCCAAAGUUAAGCCUAAUCCAGCAGCGAAUAAAGUCCCUCACGUCGGCACUAAUAGGCGAGGGAGAAACACCGGUCGAGGAAAGUCCCAAGCUUCCCGAUUUAGAGCAGCCUGUGCUGCGAAAUCAUCAGAAAUCUGCAAUGGAGGCAGCUAGUCAGCAGCAACAAGAAACUACAAAGCUCGGGGAGGAUGCAUUCGUCGAGAAUUGCGACGAAUCGGAACAUCGGAAUACGAUCGUUGAAGCACACAACAAGUGUAUGAGCCUGGUCGUAGUGGAACCGCUGGGCGAUGUCGACCAAGAAGACGCGCAGGAAAAUCGCCCCAAGUUGACCUACGCCCAGGUACGGCUAUUGAGCACCGAUCGACCACGACCACUGCCGGGAUCGCCUCGGCUACCUCGGUCGAGUGGUGGUGUGGGACUUAAAAAUCAGACUCUCACGGCAGCUUCCACUCCCAGCCUUCUUCAAACACCAGGAACUCCCGCUCUCAGUACCCGACCGCUGUCCGCAACAUCGAUCUGCUCGUACUCUUCCAGCAGCAGUUCCGGCUCGGAUAACCUACUUCUAGUCAGUGGCAAGUGCUGUGGGGCACCAUCCUAUCAGGCAAGUGUCGAAAGUUUGGCCGAUCAGAGCGAGUGCGAGCAGGGAGGAGGCACCAUUGGUCUAACGAUGUGCGAGCGGGCUGUUAUGGAAAUUGUGGACUCGGAGCGCAGCUUCGUCGAAGAUCUGGGCCAAGUCAUAAAAGGGUACUUAAAAGAUUGGAAGGAGCGCGCCUGUCUCAAAGUGGACGAACUGGAAAUCUUAUUCAGCAACAUCCAGGAAAUUUGGGAAUUCAACACACGAUUACUAUCCCGCUUGAUCGAUGCGAGAGGUGACCCGGUAAAAAUCUCCGGCUGCUUCAUCGAUCUCCACCAGGACUUCCAUUGCUACACAACCUAUUGCACUCGUUAUCCGGAAGCAAUCGCGCUGUUGACCAGCCUUCUGCAGGCCACCCACACCAACGUCCUGCUGAUCCACACCCAGAAGAUGCUGAACCAUACCCUUCCACUAGGAUCUUAUCUGCUCAAGCCAGUGCAACGGAUUCUCAAAUACCAUCUGCUGCUGGAUAACUUGCGGAAGCACUGCGACGACAAACAGGUAUCGCGCGCCCACGAACUCAUGAAGAACGUUGCCCACAACAUCGAUCAGGUGAAGAAAAAACUGGAGCAGCAAAGCCGAGUGAAGGAGCUUGCCGGAAUACUUGACGGCUGGCUCGGGCCGGACCUCUCAGUUCUCGGGGAGUUACGCCAGGAGGGCCUACUGACUGAACACGCGAAGCCGAGAGUUCUGCUGUUGUUUCAAACGAUGCUCAUCAUCACCAAGCCAAAGGAGGACAAACGGUUGCAAUUUCGCGCUUAUAUCCCGUGCAAGAACCUCAUGCUGGUGGAGCAUCUACCGGGCGAACCGACCAGCUUCAACGUGAUCCCGUACAACAAUCCGAAGGGUCAGAUCAAGCUGACGGCACGCACCCGAGACCAGAAGCGACUCUGGGCCCAAGCAAUCAAGCAGGCAAUGCUUGAGCAUUUCGACAUUCCGAAACGAGCGAAGGAACUGGUGCUGCAGCUUGGUGAUGAAGAUGAUCGAAUCACCGACAAAAACGCCAGCUGGAAAUGGCCUACCCAUCAUCCCUCCACCCCGGAUUAUCUCCAGCGGCGGCAGCAGUUCCGACGUAGCGAAAUGCGAAUGCGUUCGAAGAAGAUGCGAAAUAACACGGCCAGCAGCAUCUCGCUGGACGGCAUCUCCCCGAAGGACAUCAAACAGCCAACGUUUCAGUCGUAUUCCAAGUCUCUCGAGCAGCCCGACGUGGGCGGUGAUGUCCAAGAACAACCACAGCCGAAGCAGCAGACGGAGUGCAAGUGUGACGCCGUGAAAAAAGAGCUGCAGCAGGAGCAGAUUAAAAACCGAAGUCGAUCGGAAACGAGACUUCCCGUGGAGAAGAAAGGUUUGAAGCUGAGUGAUGAGGAGAUUUUCUCGAAAGCCAUGCAUGAGCGGUGUCGCUUCGCGACUCAAGGUCGGAAGAAGACGAAGGAUAGCUUGGUGGAUAUAAAGUCGUAUGAUUCGACGACGAUUCCCAAACGAAUAGCGAACAUGCGGAAGACCAGAUCCAAAACGUUAACGGGUAAUUCAACGUUCUACACGGAUCUGGGACUCGGGGAGACCACCGAUAGCAUGAUGGAGUUGAAGAUUACCGAGUCAACCGAUAACUUGAACCAAGAGGGGGGAACUGUGGAUGGAAUGAAUAACAGUGAGAAUGCGUGCAAGGAGACAGAAGAUGAAAAUGGAAACGCUAAGAAAGAUUCUGAAAUAAUUUCGCAGCUUGUCCUGGAGAAAAAUGAAUUUAGGAAGCUGAACAAGUCACCAAAGAAAAAAUCUUUUGAUUCGAUGCGAUCGUUGUCGUGUCCCAGCCAUGAUGAGGAUGCCGCUGGGGAAUGUCAGAAAGAGGAAAACAUUCCUCAGCCUCCAAGUACGGCACCUCCUGAGGAGGAAGAUGCAGAAGAAGAAUUUCGGAAAGUUAUAGAAUUGAAUAAGGCAUCGGUGGAUUUGUUGAAGAGAUUGAGUGGAAUUCAACAAGAUUUCCCCACAUCUGAGCCAAUCUAUGAAUCGUUGCUGCGAAAUGUUCACGUUCCGUAUAAAUACGCUCCCCCGCUAACCAGAUCUGUGUCACAACAAUACGGGAAAGCGCUGGAAUUGCUGACAGCAAAUACCUCUACUAAGAAGUCCCGCCCGGAUUCAGAUUAUGUGACCCUAGCCUACUCUGAGAAUGGUUUGGUCAACAUCGACGGUCACUGCGUUGUGCCAAAAUCGACAAUAGCCCAAUUGCGAAACAGUGAUACCAACAUCAAUUACCAUAAUCCUUGUCGUAAGGAGGAACCGGAAACGGUGCAUGAAACUCGCUCCGAGACCGUUAGCCUCGCUUGUGAAGAUUCCUUGAAGCCACUGGAUCGCCAGAGAUGUCUCAGUGUCAAGUCACCAAAGAACCUGCUCCAAAGAUUCAUAAGUCUCCAUUCGUCGCCAACAUCAACGGGAAGUUGCGACAGUAAUCUUAACCAGCGGAAGAUAUCACUCCCAGACGACUUGGCACCAAUAUACAAGCAGGGCAGCCUCGAUCUGGGUUCUCGCAUUGCCAAUCUGGAUUACGCUGAUCCGCGAACGCUGUUCCCUCAGCCUCAGGAGUUGUCUGUGGUGCCCCACCAUCCAAACAUUCUCAUCAAUCGUGCCUCUAUGAAAACGAUAUCGGCUGACCUGGAACAGCGCGAUUCCAUUUUCUCCCUAACUUCCUCCAACGACAGUGUCUGUGGACCAUCGAACGAAGCGGAGGACGAUCUGAGUGGUUUCUACGAGAAAUCCGUCGAGGAAUGUUUGGAAAAUGAUGACUUCCGAGAUUCUGCGGUAUACAGUGGCGAUGACAACGACCGUCGGCCGGACCUGGAUGACCAGGUUGUGUACGAAACGAUCGGAGAAUUUGGCAAGUACAGGCUGUCCAAGCCUCUGUCGCAGCUCAUUCGAUCCUCGUCAUCCGCUUCCAGUAGCUCCGGUGGGCCACCACCGAUUCCGGCCAAACCGGCUCACCUCGAGCAGCGGAGGAUGAUGCAAUUGAAGGCCACCAAACUGCCGGCGGCGGAACAACCACCCAAGGUGGAUUCGGAACCUUUCGCGCCGGCCCCGAAAGGAUGGGUUCUACAGCAAGUGAAAAGAUUUCAGUGAGAAGAGACUGAUGAAAGUGCCUUCCCCUUUACUUCCAAAAUAGGGGUGUUUUUAGUAUUGUAACAGUUUUAACCAAAAACAAAUCGGAAAAGUGCGAGUCUAUGUGAAUGUAUGUGGAUGCACGUUUUACAUGUUUUAAUGAUAAAACUCAAGAAACAAAAAUUAGUGGCAAUCAAGGGACGGUUCCUUGUCCCUAUAAAAAAAUACGGUUUUCACGAGAACCAUAACUGUAUUUAUUUCUCAUAAUAGUUCUAUAUUUUCCAUAAUAGCAAACAAAUCUGCGAUUAAGUUAAUGAGAUGCAGCAAUGAACCGAGUUUCGCCCUCGACAAUGAUGGGGCAUGUCUUUUUCGGGCAGUCGAAUUUCUCCGCGCGCCAUAUUCACAAACAAUAGAUUUCGAUUAUUAUUAUUAUUAGUAAUUUUGUAAUGUAUUGGCAACCAGAGGUGCCUAAUUUUAUUCGUUUACUUAGCUGCAAUUAUUUUGUUUAUCUACUGUUAAAUAGAUGGUAACAGAUUAUUUCGAAAGAAUUUAAAA